AGGAAAUGUUAACAUGACUGACAGGUUUACUCUGCUCACCCUCUUCGUUUCUCUAAUACUUCAGAAUGUUUGUUGUUCAGAUAAUAAACUUGCCGUGAGUGAACCUCUCAAUCACACGCUGAAUGAAGAUGGGUCAGUAUCUGUCAUAUGCAAGUACGAUGGACCAGGCACGGAAUGGGGUGCUAAGCUGAAAAUGAACAAUGAAAUUAUUUGUGAGGUUUACAAAAAAAAAGAACAAAAAGAAGAUAAAAUGUGUGAUUGGGAUCAUGAAAACAACACAUUCAAGUUUACCUUAAAGAAGCUGGAGGCCAGGCACAUAGAUCAACUGUUUUCAUGUGAGAUAACCAUAAUAUUACCAUAUCCAAUAAGAACAAGUGAAGGAAAUAAAACAAAGCUUUUCCCAGGAGUCAAUAUUCCUUUUCCUCCGCCAAGGAGCAACUGUUCAAGCAUUAGGUAUUCAGCUGAACUGAUGAAUUACACAUCUCCGAACAUUACCUCACCUGAAAACACCUAUAAUAUUGUGAUCUUGGGACUGAGUGUGGUGGUGGGACUGCUCUCUCUCUAUAGCAUUAUUCUUACCUGCAUCUACAUCAGAUUGAGGCUUGAUUCACCUGACACAUUGACAUUUGUGCCAGUGCAGAGAGGAGUUAAACGGCAUGAUGUAGACAACACAGAAUACAUGGACAUGCGUGAGGUGCAGAAACAGGGAAGAUCCAUCAGAGAUAUGAACCACAACUCUCAUCCGAUUGCAAAUCGCAAAUAGCAUAUCUCCAUUGGCAUGAUCACGUUGGCAAAUCAGAGCAUACACUUUUCCUGAGACUCCCACAGCUGGAUGAGAUAUAGUUCAAUUACACUAAAGAAAAUCACAGGACAAAAUUAUUGCCUUAUACUGUACUUAAUUGCCAGACAAAAUAGUAAUACGUGCCUUAAUGCCAGAACAUCUGCAUAUUGCUGUACCAUCUCUGUACAAAUAUAUUUGUAGAGCCUCGUGCUAAUUAUUAUAUUCAGUCAUUAUAGCUAUGCAAAGCUGAAAGUAUAUAAUGCAUCAUUUCAUAAUGUUUCUAUCUUGGGCAUUUUUCAACAUUAUUUUUAUGUAUUCAAUUGACCAUUAAUCAGGGUUCGGAGGGUUACAUUUGAAAUGUAUUCCACUACAGAUUACAGAAUACAUGCUGUAAAAUUUAAUUUGUAACAUAUUUCAUUAGAUUACUCAAGAUCAGUAACGUAUUUUAAAUACUUUGGAUUACUUCAGCACUAGUAGAUUUUAUUCAUUUGUUUUGACUAUAAAAACUCUGCCAGUACAGUAAGACAAAAUACACAUGUUAAAAAUACAUUCUCUAAAAAACCUAAAUAUAUUAUUUAAUGUUGUUUCUAAAACAAGAUCAAUCAAAUUGAUCUUGUUUUAAGGAUUUUGAAUAUUUUUUACAGGAAAACAAUACAAAAAAUUAUCAUCAAGAAUAUGAUUUUUGCCCUAAUAUCAAAGAUCUUCCAAGAAAAUAAAGAAAUUAUUAUCUACUGUAACAUGAAUUUUCUUGAUUAACUAUUAAAUUAGCAUUUUAGUUUAGUGUAAAGCUGACAAUUUACACAAGGUUUAUUUUUAUUUCUUCUGCUCCAAACUUCAAACUUACUUCUCUGUCUGCUCGUAUGAAUGUAACACAUCAUAAGAAAGUGUUUCACCGCUGUUCAAAUGCACUUUGGAUCGAAUCAUUUAUAUGUAUAAAUAUUUUCCAUCUGAAAGGAAUAAAUAUUAAAUGAAACAAAUGACAAUAAAAUGCAAAGUAAUCUCUUCAGCAAUCAAAAUACUAUAUUCUGAUUACCAAUUAUAUAAAUUGUAACUGUAGUGGAAUAGUUAUAUUUUUUUUCUCCAAAGAUAAUGUUUAUCAGAAGCGUUGUGUAUUUGAACUGCUUUGUUAUUAAAUAUACUGAGACUACAUGUAUUUGUUCUUAAACUGACUAAUUAGAAUUUGUUCCAGAGAUUUACAGAUAAACUCAGGAUAUGAAUGGGAGACCAGGGUUUGGUUGGCACACAUUUCAUACUUUGUUGAAUGGCUCUGGUGGAACGAAUGAUAAAGGUACCCCAAGUAUGUGCAAAUGAAAGCUUAAGGUCUUAGGUUACAACAAACCCAUUCAAUGUCAUCGAAUAUUUACUGCCUUUUGUUAAUUAAGGGUCAAAGUCAUGUUGUGCAUCUGUGCCAACCAACCACAUAUUGGGGUUCAUUGGCACAGGCAGCACACAGAAAAACAAACAACAGUUUAUUAUAAACCAGGACACCAGAACAACGCAUGUUUGUCUUCUAUCAUUAAUAUGAGUUAUGUUUACGUAAUUAAUAUAGUAUUUUAUAAAUAUAAUUAUGAUUAAUAAAUACAAAUGUAGUUUGAAAUUAAUAUGAACAGUUUUUCUAAAUAUAAACUUGUAUAAAUAGAUAAAUCUUUACUUAAAUACAGUAAACUUGUUUUAUAUACUGUAAAUGUAAAACAUUUCAAUCAAAGGAACUAAUUGUAUAAUUUGCUGCAGUUGAACCAUAUGUGUACUAGGCCAAAUAAUAAUAAUAAUGUAUUAUUAUACAUUUUUUAUGUUAUAUAUGUGUGUACUUAGAGGUAUCAAAUUGGUAAAUAUUGUGUGAAGGUUAUGAAUAAUUCUUUUUUUUAUACACAGUGUGAUAACCCACCCAAAAUUAAUGUGCCAACCAACACCACUCACACUCUUUUGAUGAAAUAUAUAAGCCAGCUAGCAUAGCUUAUCACACUCUUACAGAUGUUAUAUCAAAACAUAGCUGAUACUUACCACUGUUAACUGAAAAAAAAAAUUUUUUUGGUAUUAUUUCUAACAUUUUCAGCAGAUGAGUUUAUUUUUUGUUUUGACAUAGAUACAAUGAAAAGUUGUCUUCACAAUCACAGAUUUUAAAAUUCAGAUGCCCUGACAGACUCAAUCAGUGUAGAUUAAGAACGUGAACAUUUAGAUGUUUCUUUUGUAAACAUACCAGAAUUACCAGAAAUGAACUCUGUGCCAAACAAACCCUGUCUCCCCUACCUUUCAGGUCAUGAGGUUAUAACAAGAAUAGUUUGAUCUUUCUAAGAAAUAGCAAUUUGCUUCAUCUAUAGCUGGAAAUAAAUCAUAAUGAAAGCAUAACAACUGCCUACAAGUACAAAUGUGUGAGGUCACAACACAAGUGUGUCAGAUCCCAAUUUUCUACAUAAACCAUACAAUCACAAUUUCUAUUUUACAUUCACUAAUCUUCAUUUUGGAAUAAUGUUAUUAUCAUGACACGUUCAACAAUCAAGCUCCACAUGAAUAAUAUCAAGUGUUUGUAUU